AUGCUGCACGGCAGCAGCACAGCGGUGGGCUGCGGCCCCAGGCCGCCAGUCAUGCUGCUGCCCCGCCCCAGCCCCUUUGCCCCUCGCGCUCGACCACGGGCCUCCAGGCACCGCCUCUCGUGCCGGGCAGUCGACUCGCAGCAGCAGCAGCAGCAGGUGGACAGGGCGUCACCGGCGGCAGCAACGGCGGAGCCGGCGGCGGAGCAGCCUGCGGCUGCGCCCCACCUCGAGUGUUUUGACACUGGCCUGGGCGUGGAGUGCCGCAUAGUGACAGACGGCCCGGAGCACGUGCCCGUGGCCAGCCCCGACGAGGAGGCGCAGGCGAUGCUGGAGCAGGCGAAGCAGCUGCCGCACCAGAGCCCCACCUCUGUGCUGGAUGUGCUGCUGCUCAUCUCUCCUUUCUUCUUCUGGGGCACCAGCAUGGUGGCCAUGAAGCAGCUGGCGCCACACACCACGCCGCUGCUGGUGGCCUCCUGGCGCCUGCUGCCGGCGGGUGCCGCGCUGCUGGCCUGGGCCGCCGCCUCGGGGCGCAAGACGCCCACCGACCCGCGAGCCUGGCUGGCCAUGGCGCUGUUUGGGCUGGGCUGCCUGGUGGAGGGCCUGCAGCGCACGUCUGCGGGGCUGGGCAGCGUGAUCAUCGACUCCCAGCCCCUCACAGUCGCCCUGCUUGCCUCGCUGCUGUUUGGCGAGAAGCUGGGGUCGGCGGGCGUGGCAGGGCUCUUCAUCGGGGUGGCAGGCCUGUUCCUGCUGGAGGUGCCGCCCUCGGUGCUGACCUCCCUGCCAGACUCGCUGGCGGGAGCGGCCUUCCAGCUGGCAAGCAGCAGUGGCGAUGUCGGCAACAGCGCGGCCGACGCGGCGGCGGCUGCGGCGGCCGCCGCCAGCAGCAGCGGCGCCGCAGACCUUGCCGCGGCAGCAGCAGGAGCAGCGGCAGCAGGUGGCGACAGCAGCGGCAGCGGGGGAGGGUGGUCCCUUUGGGAUAGCGGGGAGUGGUGGAUGCUGCUUGCGGCUCAGUCCAUGGCUGUGGGGACAGUCAUGGUUCGCUGGGUGGCCAAGUAUUGUGACCCAGUGGUGGCCACCGGCUGGCACAUGCUGCUGGGCGGCGUGCCGCUGCUGGCGCUGGCGGCGUGGCAGGAGGGCGCAGAAGCGCCCGAGCGCCUGGCGCAGUUGACGGGCCUCGAUGCCCUGCUGCUGCUCUACAUGUCGCUGCUGGGCUCGGCCGCCAGCUACGGCGUCUUCUUCUACAACGCCUCCCGCGGCAACCUCACCGCCCUCUCCAGCCUGACCUUCCUCACCCCCAUGUUUGCCGCGGCCGGCGGCUACCUGGCGCUGGGCGAGACGCUGACCCCGCUGCAGCUGGCUGGGGCCAGCGUCACGCUGGGCGCCGUCGCCCUCAUCAACAACCACAGCCACAGCGAGGAGGGCGAGCCGCGUGGCCCAGGCAGCGGCAGCAACGGCAGCGGCUCUGGCGGCAGCAAGCAGCCGGCGGCAGAGUGA